AUGAUCGUCUACCUCAAGCUCUGGCUUGGCCUGCUGUUUUUCGCUCUCACUGUCCAAGCCCUGCCACCAUGGCGUCUUCAGCUCCGUGGUACAGCUCCAUUGCCGUCUGAAGACCCUUUUUACCAACCACCCGAAGGCUAUGAGAAUGCUCAGCCAGGUGCCAUUUUGAAGCAACGAAAAGUACCCAAUCCUGUUGCAGUUAUAGGCAAAAUUCCUGUGAGAUUGCAGAGUGCCCAUCAUGUCAUGUAUCGCACAUCCGAUAACUUUGCCAACGCAACCGUCGCCGUAACCACGAUUUUGGUUCCUAAGAAUCCCAACUACAAGAAACUACUCUCCUUCCAGGUUGCAGAGGAUGCUGCCUCUCCAAAUUGCGGUGUCUCCUAUGCCAUCCAGAAGGACCAUCAGACUGGACCAAAACUGGGUACAAUCAUCACUGAAGCUGAAUUUCUCCUAAUGAUUGCUGCCCUUAAUAAUGGAUGGGUAUUGACAGCCCCUGACUUUGAAGGGCUGCAAGGCUCAUGGUUAGCAAACUCUCGUGCCGGAUAUGCCGUGCUUGACGGUAUCCGUGCAACUCUUGCCUCAACCAGUUUCAGCGGCGUAGCAAAAGAUGCCACUAUCACAAUGUGGGGUUAUUCCGGGGGCAGCCUGGCGUCUGGUUUUGCUGCUGAACUUCAGCCAAGCUAUGCUCCAGAACUGAAAAUUGCGGGCGCUGCACUGGGAGGAACGGUGCCUAGGGUCAAAACAGUUAUUCAAUCCGCGAACAAGAGCAUCUGGACUGGUCUGAUAGCUGGAGGUAUCUAUGGGCUGAGCAAAGACUACCCGGUAAUACAGAAGGUUGUUGAAGAAGACAUACUUCCCGAAAAGAAAAAGGAUUUUUUGAGGGCGGCAGAUCAGUGUUUUCUGGCGAACAUUCUCGAUUUUGCAUACCAAGACAUACUUACAUAUGUGAAAGAUCCGAAGAUAUUAGAGCGACCAGAUUUGGUGGCCAUUAUGGAUGAAAACUCGAUGGGAAAGAAUAUCCCCAAGAUCCCUCUCUUCGUCUACAAGGCUGAUAGAGACGAAGUCAGUCGUGCGGACGACACCAAUGCUCUUGUCAAACAUUAUUGCGACAAUGGUGCCAUCGUCCACCAUAACCGCGAUUUGACAGCAAACCACAUCAUUCUGGCGGUCACCGGGGCCCCCGAUGCCCUAAACUGGCUCGCCGAUAGAUUUGAGGGCAAAUCCGUUGGUACUAAAUGCAGAGAGUCCAAGGAGUUUAUCAGUUUCUUGGACCCCCGGGCCCUAAGGGUUAUGAGCUUGACUCUUAUCAAGGAAUUCCUGGUGCUGUUAGGCAGGCCUAUUAUGGGCCCUGCCAGUCUCAACUUUCCUCAUUAA